AUGCAUCGAUUCAAGUUGAGUAAGGCUUUCGUGGAAAAGUACAAGAAUAUACCUCCACCAUUUGGUUUUAAUGGACUCGGAGAAGUGGUUUAUAAAAGAACCUAUUCAAGAGUCAUUGAGGAAGAGAAUAGAAAUGAAGAAUGGUAUGAAACUGUGGAGAGAGUUGUGAAUGGUACUUAUAAUAUGCAAAGGAAUUGGAUUGAGCAUCAUAAAUUGGGUUGGAAUCCUAGAAAAGCUCAAAGAUCUGCUCAGGAAAUGUAUGACAGAAUUUUCAAUAUGAAAUUCUUACCAUCUGGAAGAGGUCUCUGGGGAAUGGGAACACCAUUGACUGAACAGAGAGGUCUCUAUGCAGCUCUUAAUAAUUGUGCAUUUGUCAGUACAGAAUCAAUGAAAGAAGAUCCUCUGAAGCCAUUUGUCUUUUUGAUGGAUAUGAGUAUGUUGGGUGUAGGAGUUGGAUUUGAUACAAAGGGAGCUGGAAGUUUUGUCAUUAAGGGAAUUGACAAUUCCAAACAACCAACAAUGAAUAUAAUUGCCGAUUCAAGAGAAGGAUGGGUUGAAAGUGUAAAAGUGUUGUUAGAUUCGUAUUUCAACGGAAAUGCACCACAAGUUUUCGAUUACAGCAAGAUUAGACCAGCUGGUGCAAUUAUUAGAGGAUUUGGAGGUGUUAGUAGUGGACCUGAAUCUCUUAAAGAAUUGCAUGAAAAUAUCAAAUCUAUUUUGGAUAAGAGUUCUGGACAACCAAUUACAGUGACAAAUAUUGUGGAUUUGAUGAAUUAUAUUGGAAAAUGUGUAGUUUCUGGAAAUAUUAGAAGAUCAGCAGAAAUUGCUUUUGGUGAAGCUAAUGAUGAGGAAUUUAUUGAUUUGAAAAAUUAUGAAAAGAAUCCACAUAGAAUGUCAUAUGGCUGGACCUCAAACAACUCUAUAUUUGCUAAUAUUGGCAUGGAUUAUACCAAGGUUUCCAAGAGAAUGGAAAUUAAUGGAGAACCAGGUAUUGCCUUUUUGGAGAAUAUGAGAAAAUUCUCUAGAAUGAAUGGAAUUGAGGAUAACAAGGAUUUCAGAGCUACUGGAGGUAAUCCAUGUUUGGAACAAACUUUGGAAAGUUAUGAAUUAUGUUGUCUUGUUGAGACAUUCCCAACUAAUCAUGAGUCAUUGGAAGAUUUCCAGAGAACUCUCAAGUAUGCCUUCCUAUUCGCCAAGACUGUAACUUUGGGAAAGACUCAUUGGCCUGAUGUGAAUAGAGUAAUGCUCAGAAAUAGAAGAAUUGGUUGUUCAAUGAGUGGUAUCGCACAAUUUAUUACCAAGAGAGGAAUUGAUGAAUUGAAGAAAUGGGCUUCGGUGGGUUAUGAAAGUAUUCAAGAUUUUGAUAAGAAAUUCAGUGAUUGGUUGGCCAUUCCAAGAUCCAUCAAAACAACCUCUAUCAAGCCAAGUGGUACUGUGAGUUUACUUGCUGGAGCAACACCUGGAAUGCAUUAUCCAAUUUCGAGAUUCUACAUUAGACGAUUGAGAUUGGCUAAUAAUUCUCCACUCGUAGAAACAUUGAGAGAGGCAGGUUUUAAAACUGAACCAGCAGUCUCUGAUCCAAAUACCACCAUUAUUGAAUUCCCAAUAGAUUGUGGAGAGGGUAUAAGAACAGCAAAGGAGCUCUCAAUGUGGGAACAAUUAUCUUUGGCUUCCUUUUUACAAAAGUAUUGGUCUGAUAAUCAGGUCAGUGCAACUAUUACUUUCAAUCCUCAAACAGAAGGUAAACAGAUUCAAUAUGCUCUUGACUAUUUCCAAUAUCAACUCAAAGGAGUUAGCUUUUUACCAAUGAUGGAUCAAGAUACAUCACCUUAUCCUCAAAUGCCAUACGAGAGCAUUACGGAGGAAGUUUACAAUGAAAUGAGAUCAAAACUGAAAACAACAUCACCACUUUCUGAACAUAGAAUCAAACAAGAACCUUCACCAGAAAGAUUUUGUGAUAAUCAAACUUGUGAGCUUUAA